UAUGGCAUCUAAAUCUUUCUCUGAAGAGGAUUUCUCCUGUCCUGUGUGCUGUGAAAUCUUCAAGGAUCCUGUCGUCCUCUCCUGUAGUCACAGCAUCUGUAAGGUUUGUCUAAAGCAGUUCUGGGACACCAAAGGAUCCAGAGAAUGCCCAGUCUGCAGGAGAAAAUCAUCAAUGGAUCACCCUCCAAUCAGCCUAACACUGAAGAACCUGUGUGAGGCAUUCUUACAGGAGAGAGGUCAGAGAGCUUCAGCAGGGUCUGAGUUGCUCUGCAGUUUACACAGUGAGAAACUCAAACUCUUCUGUCUGGAGGACAAACAGCCUGUGUGUUUAGUGUGCAGAGACUCAAAGCUACACAGAGGGCACACCUUCAGUCCCAUAGACGAAGCAGCAUUUGAAAUCAAGGAGGAAUUCAAAAUCAAACUGCCUGCCAUGACAAAGAAACUGGGGAUAUUUAAAGAAGUUAAACUUGUCUGUGACCAAACAGCAACAUACAUUAAGACUCAGGUCCAGAACACAGAGAAGCAGAUCAUGCAGGAGUUUGAGAAUCUUCACCAGUUUCUACGAGAUGAAGAGGCAGCCAGGAUAGCUGCACUGAAGGAGGAAGAGGAGCAGAAGAGUCAGAUGAUGAAGGAGAAGAUUGAGAAGAUGAGCAGAGAGAUCUCAUCUCUUUCAGACACAAUCAGAGCCAUAGAGGAGGAGAUGGAAGCUGAUGAUGUCACAUUCCUGAAGAACUACAAGAGCACAGUGGAAAGAGCCCAGUGCACACUGCAGGAUCCAGAGAAGUUUUCAGGAGCUCUGAUCAAUGUGGCAACGCACCUGGGCAACCUGAAGUUCAGAGUCUGGAGGAAGAUGCAGGAGAUUGUUCAAUACACUCCUGUCACUCUGGAUCCCAACACUGCGAAAGCCAACCUCAUCCUGUCUGAGGAUCUGACCAGUGUGAGACGUGGUGAUGAGAUACAGCAGCUUCCUGAUAAUCCAGAAAGAUUUGAUAAGUAUCACUGUGUCCUCGGUUCUGAGGGCUUUAACUCAGGGACACACAGCUGGGAUGUGGAGGUUGGGGAUAACCCAUGGUGGUAUGUGGGUGUGAUGACAGAGUCUCUCCAGAGGAAGGGAGUCUACUUUUCCAUGAGUGGACGGUGGUAUGUGUGGUAUAAAGAUGAUAAAUAUAGAGCAGGUGCCUCACCACAGCCUGAAACUCUCCUGACAGUGAAGCAGAAACUCCAGAGGAUCAGAGUGCAGCUGGACUGGGACAGAGGAAAGCUGUCAUUCUCUGACCCUGAUAAUAACACACACCUACACACCUUCACACAAACGUUUUUUGAGAGCGUGUUUCCAUACUUCAACACAGUCUCUCCUCUGAAGAUACUUCCAGUUAAGGCCUCAACCGUCAUGGGCAAUGUCUUUACCGUCAUUAGGCUAUAUACAGCUGCAGGGGCUAUCCUGUCUUUCAAACCGACAAUGGCAUCUACAUCUUUCUCUGAAGAGGAUUUCUCCUGUCCUGUGUGCUGUGAUAUCUUCAAGGAUCCCGUCCUCCUCACCUGUAGCCACAGCAUCUGUAAAGUUUGUCUGCAGAAAUUCUGGGAAAUCAAAGGAUCCAGAGAAUGUCCAGUUUGCAGGAGGAGAUCAUCAAAGAUGAACCCUCCUCUUAAUCUGCACCUGAAGAACCUGUGUGAGACAUUCUUACAGGAGAGGAGUCAGAGAGCUUCAGCAGGGUCUGAGGUGCUCUGCAGUCUGCACAGUGAGAAACUCAAGCUCUUCUGUCUGGAGGAUAAACAGCCUGUGUGUGUAGUGUGCAGAGACUCAAAGCUACACAGAGGCCACACCUUCAGCCCUGUAGAUGAAGCAGCACUUGACAAUAAGGAGAAUCUCAAGAUCAAACUUGAGCCCCUGAAAAAGAAACUGAAAACAUUUGAAGAAGUUAAACUCACCUUUGAUCAAACAGCUACACACAUAAAGACUCAGGUCCAGGAUACAGAAAGGCAGAUCAAGCAGGAGUUUGAGAAUCUUCACCAGUUUCUACGAGAUGAAGAGGCAGCCAGGAUAGCUGCACUGAGGGAGGAAGAGGAGCAGAAGAGUAAGAUGGUGAAGGAGAAGAUUGAUAAUUUGAACAGAGAGAUCUCAUCUUGUUCAGACACAAUCAGAGCCAUAGAGGAGGAGAUGAACGCUGAAAAUGUCACAUUCCUGCAGAACUACAAGAGCACAGCAAAAAGAGCCCAGUGCACACUGCAGGAUCCAGAGAGGCUUUCAGGAGCUCUGAUCAAUGUGGCAAAGCACCUGGGCAACCUGAAGUUCAGAGUCUGGGAGAAGAUGCAGGAGAUUGUUCAAUACACUCCUGUCACUCUGGAUCCCAACACUGCAGCUCAUAGUCUCAUCCUGUCUGAGGAUCUGACCAGUGUGAGACGUGGUGAUGAGAAACAGCAGCUUCCUGAUAAUCCAGAGAGGUUUGAUGAGUAUUCCAGUGUGCUGGGCUCUGAGGGCUUUAACUCUGGGACACACUGCUGGGAUGUGGAGGUUGGGGAGAACCCAUGGUGGAAUGUGGGUGUGAUGACAGAGUCUCUCCAGAGGAAGGGAGACUACACCUCCAUGAGUGGGCGAUGGUGUGUGUAUUAUAAACAUGGUAAAUAUGGAGUACGUGCCUCACCACAGCCCUCUACUCUCCUCACAGUGAAGCAGAAACUCCAGAGGAUCAGAGUGCAGCUGGACUGGGACAGGGGAGAGCUGAUAUUCUCUGACCAUGAUAGUAACACACACAUACACACCUUCACACACACCUUCACUGAGAGAUUGUUUCCCUAUUUUAACACUGGGGUGUUUCCUUUGAGAAUAUUGCCAGUGAAGGCCUCAGUAAGAGUAACAGAGAUGUAA